GACGACGAUAUAGCGGCGCGCGCUUUUGUUCGCAGCUAGGUUUUCUGUAACACUUCUCACUCUUAUAUUCGCUCAACCGUUUCAUAUUGAUAAGAAGAAAAACCCAACGCUACAAAAUUUUAUCAUCCUAAUUGGGAAAGUAGAUUUCUGGGGAAGGAUUCUUCAGCUGCAACGGAGAAGCCGAAUCACGUUAGGGUUUUUGGUUGAACUGUGCUGAGAGCACGCCAGCAUGCAGGCUUGUGGGGGAUCAGCAAUGAUGAAUUCUAUUCAACAGCCUUUUGGGCCCAAGGGAUCAUUAUUCCCCUCGAAAUGGCUUGGUAUCACUGGAUGCCCGAAUCAUGUAAAACUGAGUUCAAUCAAACCGUGUAGGUCAUCUCAACUAGAAGGGAGCUUAAUCACUGGGAAGCCUCCUUCUUCUGUGUCUGUUCCUAUCCCUGAAAUUGGAGGUACUGGAAGCAGCUUUGUGGACUACGGCUUGAGUGAAGCUGAUCCUGAAGUCCGCACCAUUAUUGAUAAAGAGAAGAAUCGUCAAUUUAGAAGCUUGGAACUGAUUGCUUCAGAGAAUUUUACAUCUCGAGCUGUGAUGGAAGCAGUUGGUUCUUGUCUCACUAAUAAAUAUUCUGAAGGAUUGCCUGGCAAAAGAUAUUAUGGUGGCAAUGAAUACAUUGAUGAACUUGAGAUUCUUUGUCAAGAAAGAGCUCUUGCAGCAUUUAAUUUGGAUGGAGAGAAAUGGGGCGUAAAUGUUCAACCAUUAUCUGGUUCUCCAGCUAAUUUUGAAGUUUACACAGCAAUUCUUAAUCCACAUGACCGCAUAAUGGGUUUGGAUUUACCUCAUGGUGGACACUUGUCGCAUGGGUUCAUGACUCCCAAGAGACGGGUGUCAGGCACAUCUAUUUAUUUUGAAUCUAUGCCCUACCGGCUGGAUGAGUCUACAGGCCUAGUUGACUAUGACAUGCUUGAAAAGACAGCGAUCCUCUUUCGUCCAAAACUUAUUAUAGCUGGUGCUAGCGCCUAUCCCAGAGAUUUUGACUAUCCUCGCAUGAGAAAGAUUGCAGACGCUGUUGGCGCUUUUCUUAUGAUGGACAUGGCUCAUAUUAGUGGACUCGUUUCCGCUUCUGUUGUUGCUAAUCCUUUUGAGUACUGUGACAUUGUAACGACUACGACACAUAAGUCUCUUAGGGGUCCAAGAGGUGGCAUGAUAUUUUUCAAGAAGGAUCCUGUUCUGGGAAUUGAUUUAGAAUCUGCAAUUAACAAUGCUGUUUUUCCAGGUCUACAGGGAGGUCCACAUAAUCACACAAUUGGGGGCCUUGCUGUUUGUCUGAAGCAUGCAAAAUCACCAGAGUUCAAGGCUUAUCAAAAAAAGGUGGUCUCUAAUUGUAGAGCUCUUGCAAGUCGAUUGGUGGAUUUGGGAUACAAACUGGUUUCUGGAGGGAGUGAUAACCAUUUGGUUCUUGUGGAUCUUCGCCCCUUAGGCAUUGAUGGUGCUAGAGUGGAGAAAAUUCUUGAUAUGGCAUCAAUAACCCUCAAUAAGAACUCUGUACCUGGUGACAAAAGUGCACUAGUACCUGGUGGUAUACGCAUAGGUUCCCCUGCCAUGACUACAAGAGGCUUUGGUGAAAAUGAAUUCAUCUCAGUUGCAGAUUUUAUUCAUGAAGGUGUGCAAAUUACUCUCGAAGCAAAGAAGUCUGUUUCCGGGUCUAAGCUCCAAGAUUUUAUGAAAUUUGUGACUUCUCCGAGCUUUCCAUUGGUUGACCGGGUGGCUGAUCUGCAAAGAAGAGUGGAGGCACUGACAACCCAAUUCCCAAUACCUGGCUUGUGAGUGAAGUUGAGGCAACCAGGUCUCCUGCGUCCGCCAUUAUAUAUGUUAGGGAGGCGGCAAAAUGUGUGCCCCCAGCUUGCUAGAUUAGAACUCUGAUUGCUUUUUAUAAGUCGAGGGAUGAAAUAAUUUUUGACACUGGCUUUAAGUCUUGUUGUAGUAUGUAUGUAUCUGGAUCUGAAUCCAAAUGUUUUUGCGAGGAAAACUGGAUCUCCUCUUUGUUAACUA